AUGCAAGGAGGCUCGGUCCUCCAAAUCUGCCGGGCAGAGCCACUUGUUUGGGAUGCGAUCAUCCCGCUCAGCGCGCUCUACGAACGACCUCUCAUUCACGAGACAUCGCCCUGGUUGCUAAUAAAUUAUGCAGCGGCGGUGCGACAUCAGCACCAUCGCGAAGCGGUGAUCUGGUACACGCGCUCACUGGCUCUCCUGCAGCAACAUAUUAACCAGGGCACAGCAGAUCUGAUGGUGGCCUUGGUCAGCUGCAUUCUCUUCAUUGUCAUUGAGCUCCUCACGGGAGCCGCGAAGGUGCUCAGCUCCUGCACGAAUGGGGUGCCCGACUGGUUUUUGGUGCCUCGACAACAGCAACCUCGACUAUCGCCGCCCUGGAGCCCAUCUUCCGUCGUUUGGGAACGCGUUUUCAUCGAAACAGAAGCCACGCUAUGCCUGGCCCCCACCGCCCUUGCAUGGACACGCAACCCGGAAGGAAAACAACCGCCGUUUAUGUUUGAGAUGGGCGUAUUCCUCCCACCUUUUAUCACAGGGCUCAAAUGUCCAUUCCUUGAGCUGCGUUGCCAGGCAUUUCGGUACAUGGCGCAGGCUCCCCCGGUACAACGAAUGUUUAUGUGCACUCCGGCCGCUCAUAUGGUGGCCAUUCGCAUUGGGCUAGAAGAGAACCCCAGCAACCUGCCGGGAACAGCCUCUGAAGUGUAUGAACUGCUGGCCCAACCGGGGCAUAUCCCACUAGCUCAGUAUCGCAUAUGUAAUUUCAGUGUUUCGUCUGUUAUAGAUGAGGAGGUAAAACCAUCUUAA